AUGUAUAAUGGUCUGGCGGAGGUUGUUCUUCGAGGUGAGACAGAUGGUUCAAUGCAUGAUAAACGAAUCAUCUUGACUUCAAGUUUUGUUGGUGGGGCAAGAUAUAUGAUUCAAAAUUACCAAGAUGUCAUGGCUAUUUGUAGAUGGUGGCCAGAGAUUGUUAGAUUUCUUGGGGCAAAAGGGUUGAAAUCUGAUGAUCGACCCGAUGUUGUUUGUAGGAUUUUUAAAGUUAAGUUGGAUAAUUUGAUAAGAGAUCUUAAGACCAACAAAUUUUUUGGAGCUGUGAAAGCAGUUGUGUAUACUAUUGAGUUUCAGAAAUGUGGAUUGCUUCAUGCCCAUAUUUUGCUUUUCUUAAGCAACGAGGACAAAUUACCUCAACCUAGACGCAUUGAUGAGAUUAUUUCUGCUGAAAUUCCUGAUCCAGUAAUUGAUCCUUGCUAUUAUGAAAAUGUCAAAGAAUUCAUGGUGCAUGGACCAUGUGGUGCUGUUCGAAAAUCUUCUCCGUGCAUGCGUGAUGGAAGUUGUUCAAAAUAUUUUCCAAAGCAAUAUCUCGAUGCCACAAAGUUUGAUGAUGAUGGUUUUCCGGUUUACAGACGUAGAGAUAAUGGUCGUGUAGUUAUGAAGGAUGGUGUGCCCUUGGAUAAUAGAUACAUUGUUCCACACAACCGUGCAUUGCUUAUGAAAUACGGUGGUCACAUCAAUGUUGAGUGGUGCAAUCAAUCGCAAUCCAUCAAGUAUUUGUUUAAGUACAUAAAUAAGGGUCAUGAUCGUGUUACGGCGUCUUUUUUCCAAUCUGGUGCGGAUGGUGCUAGGCAGAAUUUGGAUGAAGUUAGUUUGUACUAUGAUUGUAGGUAUAUAUCGUCAUGUGAAGCUGCUUGGAGAAUUUUCGGUUUUGAAAUUCAAUAUAAGGAUCCUUCUGUUGAAAGACUGAGUUUUCACCUUCCGAAUGAACAACAUGUUAUUUUUAAUGAAUCUGAUCCAUUAGAUAACGUUCUGAAUCAUCAUACUAUUCAUCAAAGCAAGUUUUUGGGUUGGAUGGAGGCAAAUAAGAUUUAUUCUGAAGGUCGAAUUCUCACUUAUGGCGAAUUUCCAACCAAAUUUGUGUGGAGAACCCAUCAUUGGCAACCUAGAAAACAACGAUUUUCCAGAGGGAGGUUGUUUUAUGUUGCUCCAGGUUCUGGUGAUAUUUAUUACUUGAGAUAUUUGCUGAAUAUUGUUAAAGGAGCUACAUCAUACGAAGACAUUAGAUGUGUGAAUGGCGUUCAGGAUACGUUUCGAGAUGCCUGCUAUGCUUUAGGAUUGUUGGAUGAUGAUAAAGAAUAUGUUGAUGGCAUUAUAGAGGCAUCCUUUUGGUCUUCUGCGCAUUGUUUCAUGCUGAAUGACGAAGAAAUUCAGAAUUUUGCAUUGGCAGAGAUUGAGAAAUUGUUGUUAAAUGUUGGGAAAAGUUUGCACGAUUUCCAUGGCAUGCCUUAUCCAAGAUCGGAGUAUUUUGAAUCAUUUGACAAUAAGUUGAUUAGCGAUGAGUUGUGUUAUGAUCGUGAAUCUUUAGGAAGAGAACAUUUGGACUUUCUUUCCAAGUUCACUGAUGAACAACUUUAUGUUCAUGAUACUAUUAUGUCACCUGUUUAUUCAAGUGAUGGAGGAAGGUUUUUUGUCUAUGGUUAUGGAGGUACUGGUAAAACUUUCAUUUGGAAGUCUUUGUCAGUCGGGAUACGUUCUAAGGGUGAUAUUGUUUUAAACGUGGCUUCCAGUGGCAUAGCUUCCUUACUUUUGCCUGGAGGUAAAACAGCUCAUUCUCGAUUUAAGAUUCCCAUCAUUGUUAAUGAAGAUUCUAUGUGCAAUAUAAAACCAGAGAGUGCACUUGCUGAACUGAUUGUACGAGCUAAGCUUAUCAUAUGGGAUGAAGCUCCGAUGAUUCAUAAACAUUGCGUAGAAGCCGUGGAUAGGACUUUCAGAGAUAUUAUGUGUGUAUGUGAUGAGCUCAGUACAAACAAACCCUUUGGCGGAAAAACAAUAGUUUUUGGUGGUGACUUCAGACAAAUCUUACCAGUUGUUCCUAAGGGUAGUAGGCAAGAUGUUGUGAAUGCCGCUAUUAACUCUUCAUAUCUUUGGAUGAAUUGCACAAUUCCGAGGUUGACCAAAAACAUGCGACUUUUGAGUACUGCAUCUUCUGAUGAAGUUUCACGAUUGAAGGAAUUUUCUUCUUGGGUUGCUUCUAUUGGAGAUGGAGUUGUUGGUGGUACAAAUGAUGGUGAAGUGACUAUUGAUCUUCCUUCUGACAUUAUUUUGUCUAAUUCUGGGGAUCCUCUUAGAACAAUUAUUUCAACGAUAUAUCCGUCCUAUAUGAAUCAUGAAGAGUUGAGUAAUUGUUUGCAUGAUUGUGCCAUACUUGCUCCUACUUUAGAGGUUGUUGAUGAGGUUAACCAAUUCAUGAUGUCGUUGGAUCAGUCUCACGGUCGAGUUUAUUUGAGUUCUGAUAGUAUCUCAAACUCAAAUUUAACCUCAAAUGGCUUAGCUGAGAUACAUUCUGUGGAAUUUUUUAAUAAGUUGAAGUGUUCAGGUACAUCUAAUCAUGAAUUGUUGUUGAAAGUUGGUACUCCUGUGAUGUUGUUAAGGAAUAUAGAUCACUCGAAUGGAUUGUAUAAUGGCACCAGACUGGUAAUUACGCAUUUGGGUGAUUAUGUUUUGGAGGGACAAGUAUUGGGUGGCCAUAAUGUUGGUCAUAAAGUUUUGAUUCCCCGAAUGUCUUUAAUACUAUCUGAUCCAAGGUUGCCAUUCAAAUUCCAAAGACGACAAUUUCCUUUGGUUGUGUCGUAUGCAAUGACCAUUAACAAAAGUCAAGGGUAA